ACCUAAUAACUUCCUAUCCUCGUUUCUUCACAACCGGCUUUGAGUAAUUAUAAAAACCUCUCUCGCGUAUUGUUGCCGUUGCUUGAUAUCUUUCGCCGUCGUCUCUUGAGAGUCUUGCGAAGAUGGUUCUUCAAAACGAUAUCGAUCUGCUUAACCCUCCAGCUGAGCUUGAGAAGAGGAAGCAUAAGCUCAAGCGUCUUGUUCAGUCUCCCAAUUCCUAUUUCAUGUAUGUGAGGUGCUAUGGCUGCUUCAACAUCACGACUAUUUUCAGUCACUCACAGACAGUCGUGGUAUGGGGAAAAUGCCAGAACGUUCUGUGCCAGCCUACAGGAGGAAAGGCCAGGCUCACAGAAGGAUGCUCUUUCAGGAAGAUAUCAUCAUGAGCUUGUAUUUUUUGUUGAUUUAAUAUCAUUUUAAAUACCAAUCAGUUUGCAGUCAUCUAAAAAGCUCACUGGUUUUCUCCUCCUUUACCCUCCUGUUUCAUACAUUAAUAGUUGACAUUAAUAGUUGACAAUGAAGGAUUUGCUUUCAUGCAUUCGUUACCACUUAUCAAGGAAAGCCCUGAAAUGUUCAUGAAAGGCUUUUUUACUCUUUAAAGCUUCUUUCUUUUCUUUUCCCUGCUCACCUGUCUUUGGUUUCUAGAGAGAACCUUGACUUUCAGUGUUAAAAAACGGCGUUUGGGAUCCAUAAACAUAAUCUAAUGCUAUUAUGUGAGAUUAGAAUCAGAAUCACCACAUGGUUGCUU